CAGAGCCCCGGGUCGCUGGGCUCGCAGAGGGUGUCUGGAGUUGUUUGCCCUCCGUGAACUUGUUGACAUUCUCCGUCUCCCACAUUUCUCACCUGGGAGUUUCGGGCUCGUGCUGAGGCUGCGUGGCAUCCUCUGUCCACACUGACACGCAGGCCCUUUUCCUCUCCCCAGCCAUGGAUUUCCCUCAGCACAGCCAGCACGUCUUGGAGCAGCUGAACCAGCAGCGGCAGCAGGGGCUUUUGUGUGACUGCACUUUUGUGGUGGACGGUGUUGAUUUUAAGGCCCAUAAAGCAGUGCUGGCCGCCUGCAGCGAGUACUUCAAGAUGCUCUUCGUGGACCAGAAGGAUGUGGUGCAACUGGACAUCAGUAACGCAGCAGAUGCAGAAACUGAGACCCAAAGAGUUCAGGUGACUGGCCUGGAGGUCAGCGAGAGAGUUUGUGGCAGAGCGCCGAUGAAAGUCCUUACUAUCACUUUGGUUGGAUUGCCUUCCGGCGGCCUGGGGCAGGUACUGGAGUUUAUUUACACGGCCAAGCUCAGCCUGAGCUCUGAGAAUGUGGACGAUGUGCUGGCCGUGGCCAGCUUCCUGCAGAUGCAGGACAUCAUCACGGCCUGCCAUGCCCUCAAGUCACUCGCCGAGCCGGCCACCAGCCCUGGGGAGAAUAUGGAGGCCUUGGCCAUGGAAGGAGGGGACAGGAGAGCCAAAGAGAAGGCUGCGGCCACCACGCUGAGUGAGCUGAACCCUGCUGGAGGCAGUCCACCCAGGGGCCCAGGCAGGGAGCCCAAGGAGGAGCGAGGCGGUCAGGCAGAGAGUGCGGCCAGCGGUGCAGAGCAGACGGAGAAGGCCGAUGCCCCCCGGGAGCCACCGCCAGUAGAGCCCAAGCCCGACCCCACCGGUGGCAUGGCUGCUGCUGAAGCCGAGGCCGCCUUGUCGGAGAGCUCAGAGCAAGAAAUGCAGGUGGAGCCAGCCAGGAAAGGAGAAGAGGGCGAGGAGGACGCCAUGCCUUCUGGGGUCAAGGAAGAAGGGCCGCAGCUGGACAAGGGGGAUGCCCCCGAGGAGAGUGAGGAGUCGGCCAGCACGGACUCGGGCCAGGAGCUGGGCGCAGAGGCCCGGGGCCUGCGCCCAAGCACCUAUGGCGACCGUACCGAGUCCAAGGCCUAUGGCUCCAUCAUCCACAAGUGCGAGGACUGUGGGAAGGAGUUCACACACACGGGGAACUUCAAGCGGCACAUCCGCAUCCACACAGGCGAGAAGCCCUUCUCGUGCCGGGAGUGCAGCAAGGCCUUCUCUGAUCCAGCCGCCUGCAAGGCCCACGAGAAGACGCACAGCCCGCUGAAGCCCUACGGCUGCGAGGAGUGCGGCAAGAGCUACUGCGAGGACUGCGGCAAGCUCUUCACCACGUCCGGCAACCUCAAGCGGCACCAGCUGGUGCACAGCGGCGAGAAGCCCUACCAGUGCGACUACUGCGGCCGCUCCUUCUCUGACCCCACCUCCAAGAUGCGCCACCUGGAGACUCAUGACACUGACAAGGAGCACAAGUGCCCUCAUUGUGACAAGAAGUUCAACCAGGUGGGGAACCUGAAGGCCCACCUGAAGAUCCACAUCGCGGACGGGCCCCUCAAGUGCCGAGAGUGUGGGAAGCAGUUUACCACCUCAGGGAACCUAAAGCGGCACCUUCGGAUCCACAGCGGGGAGAAACCCUACGUGUGCAACCACUGCCAGCGGCAGUUCGCUGACCCCGGCGCUCUGCAGCGGCAUGUCCGCAUCCACACGGGCGAGAAGCCAUGCCAGUGCGUGAUGUGCGGCAAAGCCUUCACCCAGGCCAGCUCCCUCAUCGCCCACGUGCGCCAGCACACUGGGGAGAAGCCCUACGUCUGCGAGCGCUGCGGCAAGAGAUUUGUCCAGUCCAGCCAGUUGGCCAAUCACAUUCGCCACCAUGACAACAUCCGCCCCCACAAGUGCAGCGUUUGCAGCAAGGCCUUUGUGAACGUGGGGGACCUAUCCAAGCACAUCAUCAUCCACACUGGAGAGAAGCCUUACCUCUGUGACAAGUGCGGUCGCGGCUUCAACCGCGUGGACAACCUUCGUUCCCAUGUGAAGACCGUGCACCAGGGCAAGGCAGGCAUCAAAAUCCUGGAGCCAGAGGAGGGUGGUGAGGUCAGCGUAGUCACUGUGGAUGACAUGGUUACGCUGGCCACCGAGGCACUGGCGGCAACAGCCGUCACUCAGCUCACAGUGGUACCAGUGGGGGCUGCAGUGACUGCUGACGAGACGGAAGUGCUUAAAGCCGAGAUCAGCAAAGCUGUGAAGCAAGUACAGGAAGAAGACCCCAACACUCAUAUCCUCUAUGCCUGUGACUCCUGUGGGGACAAGUUCCUGGAUGCCAACAGCCUGGCCCAGCAUGUGCGGAUCCACACUGCACAGGCACUGGUUAUGUUCCAGACGGAUGCGGACUUCUAUCAGCAGUACGGGUCAGGCAGCACGUGGCCAGCCGGGCAGGUGUUGCAGACUGGGGAACUGGUCUUCCGCCCUCGGGAUGGGGCUGACAGCCAGCCUGCUCUGGCAGAGACACCCCACACAGCCCCAGAAUGUCCACCGCCUGCCGAGUGAGCAGGCAUCCCUCCUCCUGACUGUUUAUUUAAGGAUGGGCGGCCCCAUUCCCUAGAGAGAAUAAAUCUGAUUAUUUUCUAA